AUGGAAAACUCGUGGGACGUCGUUGUAAGUGCACUUCAAGACUCUUGUAAUGCCAACGAGGCAAUGAGCCUAGAUAAUCUAAGCGAUCCUCAACUUGACACCACUAAGGAUAGCCAGGCGGUAGAGGUGGAUAAGGUACUAAAACACCGGGACAAUUUGGAGAAGACUAGGCGUAUAAUAGAAACGGCCGUGACUAAUAUUAACGGGCUCAUAGAGAUUGCCAGGUCGGAUGAGAUUGGUGGUUCACGCGGUGCCCGUGGGGACUCCGUGGUGGAUGGGAUCAUCAGAGCUUCUGGGGAAAACGAGACUACACAAACCAGCAACCGUGAGGAUACCAAGGAAAGUACAGAACCUGUGGUAGAAAGAGUGGCAGAAACCUCAAAGGGCCCAGAUAUCGAGGAUAGCACAUCAGAAGUGCCGUUAAGAUCAGCCGUAACUGCCCCAUCCCCCGUGAUCCCUGCUGGACCGAAAGGUAAAGGUAAAGGUAAAGGUAAGGGAAAGGGCAAGGGUCCAGUCAGCGGACAACCACGCGGACCCGGUGGAACGAGCGGGCCCGAUAGCGCUGGAAAGGGUCCUAGUAGCGCCAAAAAAAUCGGUCGCUCCUACUACGAAUCGGCCUACAACCCCAACGAACCAAUUUUUGUGGGCUCUGAGGUGGCAUUCAAGCCGCGACAGAAGAACAGCGAGUGGAUACAAUGCGAAGUCACCCGCGUUAAUAGCGAGAUUAAGUUUGAAGUGAAGGACCCAGAGCCAGAUGAAGAUAAUCCACGGGGACAGACAUUCAGAGCUGGCUGGAAAGAUGUGAUAUUAAUUCCCGAGGACAGCCAGAGACUCCGAAAUUAUCCGAUCGGUUCCAGGGUGUUGGCUCGUUACCCAGAGACUACUACAUUUUACCCGGCCGAGGUGAUAGGCUUCAAAAGAGAUGGUCGGUGCCGUUUGAGAUUUGAGGGAGAGGAAGAAGUUGGCAAAGAGACUUUGGUAAAGAGAAGAUUGGUGCUCCCGUAUGCGAAGUGA